AUGUCUUUGCGCGGGCCCAUGCGGCGGUCGCACCUGAGGCAAGUGAGCGCGGCGAGUUUAGAGAGCAGCUCCACCCACUCACUGGAGGCUUCGAACCGUGACCGUGACCACGACCACGACCACGAUCAAGCCACAGAUGAUCGGACUGUCAGGUUGUCCUCAGCAAGCUGGACACGGCACCAAUGUGCGCUUUGGGUGCACGAUGAGACGUUUUCACGUGAAGAGAUUUUGUUGAAUCCAUCGGCUUUCGGCGAAACUGAAGUGCAAGUUGGGGAUGUUGUCGAGAUCCUGCCCAUGCGGGGAUCUGGCGAUGCUGGUUAUUCUACCCUAAAACCCGAAGCAGCUUCGAAAGCUGGUCGCGAGAGUCAUGCCGAACUCAGCUCGGCGUCUCAAGCGGAUAAUACCUCGAAAUUCAAGACUCCACUGCAGAGCCGUUGUCUAUUCGUGGUGAAGGCCUUGCCACCAGAAACCAAGGCUCGGAAUCCUCAGUUAGAGAUUUCAGUAACAAACAACAUUGCCAACAUCUUUGGUUUCAAGAAUAGAACGCAAGUUCUAUUAUCCAUUGUGGAUCGAGACCAAUGUGCGGCGUCUCACGUCGACAUCGCCUUUCGCGAUCAAUACAUGGUCCGAUCGGACAUGUGGAGACUAGUCAUGUCGGAGUUAUUAGAUAAAAUCAUAUACAAAGGACAAAAGAUCAUGUUUAUGGGGAGCAUCAAAGCCACUGUCAAAAACAUCUUUAUCCGAGAGAAGAAAUGUCUGUCCGGAUAUUUCUCGCCAAAGACGAUCCCUAUUUUCCGAAGCGAGUCCGCCAAAUAUGUCCUAUUCAUCCAAAUGUCGAAAGAAAUGUGGAACUUUGACUCGGAGGGGACUGGAGACAUCCUCUUCAGUCGGGUUAUCAAUGGUUUCCUACCGGAGCUCUUCAAGAGAUGGGCUAAUUCGGACGCAAAGCAUUUGGUGACCAUUGUGCUGUUCACUCGAGUCGAAUAUGACAGGUCCAGCAAUUUAAGCCAGCCUAAACUCGGCGCUGGGAACUUGAACAGCAAAUCCGGACCAAACAAUGUUCCGACCCGAGAUUUCUACCGUGUGGUAGUAAAUGAUAUGGCAAGCGGCCAUUGGACAACCAUUCUGGACGAGCUGAAAAGGGAAUUCAGGACCUUUUUGCGAGAUGUGUCAAUCCUGAAACCGGACGACAUUGAUGCUGCAUCUGGCAGUGGUAUCAAGGGCCCUUCCAAGCCAAACCUGGCGACCAUUGCCGGGCACCCAAGCUCAGCCCUACGAGGAAACAUCCUAGAAGCGAUUCAUCUCGCCUCUGCUCACCUGGCUUUCGAUCAUAUCGAUCGAGACAUGGUCCACACUGGCACCUCAAUCAUUGUUAUCACCCCCGGUAGCGGCGUUUUCGAGGUCUCUUACGAGUCCUUGGCUUCUACAACAGAAGCCCUUGCGAACCGAGGCAUAGCAAUUGACUUGGUCUGUUUGAGUCCGAUGCCUCUGCAUUCUGUUCCACUCUUCAAAUACCGGGAGCCAGUGGAGCGACAUUCUGGGGAUUUGGAGGGGGCUAGAUUCAGUGAAUUUAACAGGGAUCGGAUGUCUCCUGAGAUACACCAUUCCCUUUCAAGCGUUGUUAGCAGAUCAUCGUAUCUUUCCCCAAGCUCAUACCUGGCUGCAACUAGAAUGAGGGAACGCGCAACACCACAAGCCAAAGACUGGAGCUUUGGUAUUCCUCAUUGGCUUGACAUCUCCUAUUGGAACCCUGAAACAUACCGAGAGGCCCGGCGAAUCUUGAAAAAAGACCCGAAUGCGCCUAUCUCUCUUACCGUCACUCGGCCAUCAAAGGCUUUCACGCCACGAGUGCGUAUGUAUGAGAUCCAAAUGAUGGGAGUCAUGGAGAGUGAACAAGCAAACAUCACAAUCCCCUACCUUACCGAAGGGCGCGGCGGAACAAGACCUCGUGGGCCUUGGCCCGGUUAUAACCCGGGUAGUCGCGCCCCCCCUAAAACCCGUUCCACGAAUCCCUCAUCUCUCAAGGCACAGCUUAGUGAUAGUCUUCGCCCGGGGUCCUUUGUUCAAAACGCGGCAGACCAAGAUGAAUCGCAAACUCGAGAUACGCAGAGUUCACGCAAGGAAGUGAUGUCUUGGAUGGACCAAUAUGAUGAAAAUGUUUUCGCUGUCUCUCCGAAACGUCAGCAAGCUACCAAAGCGCCCAAGGCAAAGCGACCCAGUGAAUCAGAAGUCCAGGCUGCUGGGGGCGGCUUGCAUGAACGGCUAUCUGCCCGCUCCAUCACGCGCCUUCGUCAUCAUGAAACGAAUCCAGCGGACGAGAAUGAUUCUUUGCACUCUGGACCUCGAAGAAUUGACUCGAAUAUGACUACACCAAAAAGCCCAAGCUCGGCCAAGAGCAUGUCUCUCCAUAAAACCAGCGUUGAAAAAGACGCCGGCGCCAAUGACAUCACGAAUUUCUCGGACGAUUAG